UUUUAUGUUGACUCACUAUAGCAACAGUGUUUACUGCCAGUUGUGGUGUUUUUUUUUCUGCAUUUGUCUGAUGUAGAACUCUUAACAACUAACAAUCGUCGGAAGGUGGAUAGUAGGCUUAUGUGUUCAUAUAACACAGUGUGAUGUGAAGUAACAAACAAGUCAACAAAAGCACGUUUAAACAACUUCCAGAUCCAUCCCCUGAUGACGACGGAGGAGAAUCCCAGACUACAGCACGCUGGUUCAAUCCGAGGGCUACAUGUGUUUGUAACGGGUGGGGAUAAUUUGAAAUGAUCAGCCCGAAAUUUAGAUGUUGGACAUUGUUCCUACCAUUGUUGGCUUUUAUUUCAUCAGGAAAAGCCGAGUGUACGAAACCUAAGCUGGAGGGCAACGUCGUCUUAACUGAUGAGGCGAAUCUGAAGAAUGAAUUCCUAGAUGAAUCUGAUGUUACUCUUGAGUGUGCCAAUGGAUACGUCCUGGAUCACGGAUCAGAUAGAAUCACAUGUAUGGGAGGGACGUGGAGCAAACAAGAAUUAAUAUGCAAAAAGAAAGACUGUGGUAUGCCUAGACCUGUGGCCAAUAUGCAAUAUGGCAUCCCUAAUGGAACAUUGUUUGGUGCAUUCAUCAAGCCAUAUUGUGACAGAGGAUAUGAUCUUCAGGGUUCAAGCUAUAGGCAAUGUCUUGCAAAUGGCUGGACUGGAAGGUCAAUGUGUUUCUUGAAAAAAUGUGCCAAGCCUACCGAGAUUCAUAAUGGUAUGAUAAUCAACCAUUCAAACAAGGAAUUGCCAGAUUUUCAAGAUGUUAUUCAAUACUCCUGUCAUGAAAACUAUAUUCUUGAAGGCAACAGUUCCAUUGUUUGCCAGGAAAAUGGUGAAUAUAGCUCCCCACCACCCCAGUGCAGAGGUAAAAGAGAACCAGCCAGUGAGCCAACAGAAUCCACCCCCAGCAACUUUUAUACCAACAGCACUCUACCCAGAUUAGGAAAUGAAUCUGAUUUGAGGGAAUUGGAGUCAACCGAAUCUACACUAACUGAAUCUACAACCAGCAACCUCAGCGCCAUCAGUACCCCACCUGAAUCACAGGGAAUGGUGGAAGAAGCGUCCUUUGGUCAAUUUCUAACAGAAGUUUUUGGGAUUGUAUUUGGCAUUUUAAUAUUACCGUCUUGUGUCUUUCUGGAAUAUCAGUUAUGCAGUGGCCAUAACUGUGUAGGUCCAGGCAUCCUGUAUGCUAUUUAUCGCCAUCUUAAACGGAAAGGAUCAUAUGACACUGGAGAAGCGCUGAGGACAAAAGAAGAAUUAUUGCAAAAACACAGUCUCUAAAUCCAGUGCCCAAUCAAGGACAUGUAACCAGACUGCUCCUGCCUGCUCAUCUCAUCAUGCUUCCAUGAGGACACAGUAUUUCAGGAGUCGCUAAUGUAUAAGCAUAUAAUCUCCCUAUACUGACCAAAACAUUAAAUUACAUAUAGAUAUUUAUUUCCACAUGUCUGUUUUAUACAUGCUUUUUAUAACAUGACAUAAAAAGAUAGUAGAUUUUCAGUUAGAAGGAAGCAGUUUCCUAGAGUGCUCAACUGGAAUUUCCAAAAUACUGCAUGUGCUCUCUGGAAAUCCUCCAUCUUAUCAAAAGACAUUUCUUCAAACGGAGCUCUGGCUCUGUUUCUGUCAGUGAAGCUUUCCUUGCACGCCUAGUUAACCAGGGGAAACAGGAAAAUAAAAUCAGGUGGUCACCCUUUGCCCUUUGAGAAGUGGCUCUGGAUCAGGCCUAAAUGUAGUAUUUCAGGGCAGUGUUGUGAGUACAAACUCAAAUUGUUUUCCUCUGUGGCAGCUUUCACAAGCGAAUAGCUGAAGUUAACAUUCCCAGAAGGGCUUUUAUUCCACCCCUCAUGUGAACCCUGGUGGGCUGAAGUAGAGCUGCGCUUUGUGAGGUGCUGCUGAUUGCAGUUGCCAGGACAAUGCCAGUGUCUGAUGCAGGAAACCAACGCCAGCUGCAUCAUUUGGCAAGAGAAAAUAAAUAUCUUGCUAAUCUAGACAUUGUAGUAUUCAGACAGUCCAAAUGACUAAAGUACUAAGAGCAAAGAUUCAGAAUGUCACAUUCACACAUCUAAGUGUAAAGCUUUUCAAGUAGUCUGUAGCUAAUAAGGCAUUCAAUGGAGUAAUAAUCUUAUGAAAUAUUUUCUAAUAAAACUGUUAAUACAA